AUGCCGCCCAAGAAGCAGGCCAAAGUCCAGCAGCCGACUAAGGGGGUUAUCCAGAUCGUGGACGGCAAACGCAAGUUUACGCCGCGGCCCCCUAGACCCGCUAGCGAGCGUCUUCCCCGCCUCUAUCGCGCCCUCACGGAUCAGGUGAAUGACGGCUUCUUCGACAAUGCCAAGAAGACUUGCAAGCAGAUCCUCGCCCUCGACGCGGCAUCGGCCUCGGCCUUCCAGACCCUCCUCUUCCUCCACCUCCACACGGACAACUACGCUGCCGCCCUCGACCUCGUCGAGAACCCUCCCUCUCCGGCUCAGCUGCAGUUCGAACGCGCGUACUGCCUCUACAGGCUGCACCGGGAGCGUGAUGCACUCCAGCAGAUCCAGGAGAUCAAGACACGCGGUAGGCGCGAGGAGCAUCUUGAGGCCCAGGUUCGCUACCGUCUCGGCGAGUUUGACACUGCGCAAACGCUUUAUGAUGACCUUCUGAGCGGUGCCCCUCCUGCCACGUCGGAAUACGACGACAUCCGCACGAACCAGGCUGCCACCGCAACCCAGCUCGCCUUCAUCACGCGCGACUACACGUCGCAUCUCUCUGCGCCCGCGGUCGAGAACCCAACUGCUGGCCUGCCAGCCAUAACGCCCAGCGCAGGCGAGCUCGAGACAUACGUCCCCUCCGUGCCGAUUGGGUGGGCUACGCGCGGCACAGCGCCCAAGCCCGUCGCGUCGACCUCCGCUCUGGAGAAGGUCAAGCGUACCAAGCCGCGCCACAAGCUGCCCAAGGGCGCGGUGGAGGGGAAGCCGUUCACCGAGGAUCCUGACCGGUGGUUGCCGCUGCGCCAGCGCGCGUCAUUCGCCCCGGCUACGGGGAAGAAGAAGAAGGAGCUGACGGGGCUCGGGACGCAGGGGUCCACUAGCGGUGGCGGCGGCGGAGGAGGAGGUGGUGGUGGUGGUGGCGGGCAUAACAAGAAGAAGGGCAAGAAAAAGUAG